CAUGAUGGAGGUGCAGCUACGUCACCACAGUUUCUCACCACGUCUGUUUCUUCUUCUACAUGAAACACUCACAUCCUGUGUCUCUGUAGAAAUUCAGUCAUGUUCAACAAUGAGAUGAUGGCGGACGUUCACUUCGUGGUCGGGCCACCUGGUGGGACGCAGCGAGUCCCAGGACACAAGUACGUCCUGGCGGUAGGCAGCUCCGUGUUCCACGCCAUGUUCUACGGUGAACUGGCCGAGGAUCAGGACGAGAUCCGGAUCCCUGACGUGGAGCCUCCUUCCUUUCUCGCCAUGUUGAAGUACAUCUACUGUGACGAGAUCGACCUAUGUGCCGACACGGUGCUCGCCACUCUCUAUGCUGCCAAAAAGUACAUCGUGCCUCAUCUGGCCCGGGCCUGCGUCAACUUCCUGGAGACGAGCCUGAGUGCUAAGAACGCCUGUGUGCUGCUGUCUCAGAGCUGCCUGUUCGAGGAGCCCGACCUGACGCAGCGCUGCUGGGAGGUGAUCGACGCACAGGCCGAGCUUGCUCUGCGCUCCGAAGGCUUCUGCGACAUCGACACUCAGACACUGGAGAGCAUCCUGCGGAGAGAAACGCUCAAUGCCAAAGAGAUGGUGGUGUUCGACGCGGCGCUGAACUGGGCUGAGGCCGAGUGCCAACGACAAGACCUCGCACCGACCAUCGAGAACAAGCGUCUGGUGUUGGGAAAGGCCAUCUACUUGAUCCGCAUCCCCACCAUGACACUGGAGGACUUCGCCAACGGAGCCGCUCAGUCUGAUGUGCUCACACUCAACGAGACCAACGACAUCUUCCUGUGGUACACCGCCGCCAAGAAGCCUGAACUCUUGUUCUGCACCAAACCUCGUAAAGGCCUGUCGCCACAGCGCUGUCACCGCUUCCAGUCCUGCGCCUACCGGAGCAACCAGUGGCGGUACAGAGGUCGCUGCGACAGCAUCCAGUUCGCCGUAGACAAACGCGUUUUUAUCGCUGGUUUUGGUUUGUACGGCUCCAGCUGCGGUUCAGCAGAGUACAGCGCCAAGAUCGAGCUGAAGCGUCAGGGUGUGCCGAUGGCCCAGAGGAUCAUCAAGUACUUCUCUGACGGCUCCAGCAGCACCUUCACUGUCUGGUUUGAGUACCCGGUGCAGAUCGAGCCGGACACCUUCUAUACCGCGAGCGUUGUGCUGGAUGGCAACGAGCUAAGCUACUUCGGUCAGGAGGGCAUGACAGAGGUGCAGUGUGGGAAAGUGACCUUCCAGUUCCAGUGUUCAUCAGACAGCACCAAUGGCACCGGAGUGCAGGGGGGUCAGAUCCCCGAGCUCAUCUUCUACGCCUGAGCCAGAGGAGCGAGGACUCUUGACUUUUAUUUUGAAGUUCUCAGGAAGCUGCUGAAGGAGGGAGGGACUCCUGGAUUCAUCACAGACACGAGAUGAGUCUGAUUAGUCACAUUACCUUGAAGUUGAACCCUGUCUCUCAGAGAAGGGGCUUAUGGGUAACUGGAGGUUGCAGACUCCACACACACACUCACCUCUUCACCGUAAUGGACCAGUCUGACUUUCAUUUUGUAUUUUUGCUGUCGUCAGCGAAUCUUGACGAAUGUUUGUCCAGAUCAAAGACUGUAAAUAAAGAUGGACGACGUGACGGAUCCCUAAACUGAAGCCAAAGUGGACCAAUCGCCCCCUGGUGUCUGGCAGCAGUAUAGGUUAUCCUCCACGUUAGCAGACGGGAUUUGGACCAAACUAAAAGCUCAAAGCAGACGUUAAAUAAAUGUUUGUAAAGAUGUUUCUGUCGUUUCAGCUCGUUCUCAUCUCUGAUGUUCGUUCAAGUGUUUCAUCAGUUUGGUUUGAUCAGUUAUUGAUGAUGGAGACGAGUCGUCUUUAUUUACAUUCUUAGUUCAAAAGUUGUUAUAACGGAUGAGACCGAUCAUGUGUGUUUGUCGUUCACCCG